AUGCAUUCGACCAAUCAAAUAGUAUUUGGGUGCGUAGCUACAUGCAUUAAACUGUUCGGUAGACCAUUAAAACGACCUCGAAAGAAAACUGCAACAGUGGCGGCGACCACCACCACCCCAUGCGGGAAUACGAAGAGUCGCUGUCACAUUUGGACCCACCACUGCCAGAUUGCCCACCUGACAGGCUGCUUCCUCCUCCUAUGCCUCCGCCUCCACCGCCAGCCAGUCCCCGGGGCCGGUUGUCCCGAGUCCGAACAGCUCCCAAGCGCAAACGUCGCCCGAGUCCGAACAGCACCCAAGCGCAAACGUUGCCCAAGCCCUCGCGUCCAAACAGCUCCCGAGCGCAAACGUCGCCCAAGCCCUUGCGUCCAAACAGCUCCCGAGCGCAAACGUCGCCCAAGCCCCCGAGUCCAAACAGCGUACAAGCGCAAACGUCGCCCAAGGCCCCGUGUCCGAACAGCGCCCAAGCGCAAACGUCGCCUGAGUCCGAACAGAUCCCGAGCGCAAACGUCGCCCAAGCCCCCGAGUCCGAACAGCGCCCACGCUCAAACGUCGCCCAAGCCCCCGAGUCCGAACUGCUCCCGAGCUCAAACGUCGCCCAAGCCCCCGAGUCCGAACAGCGCCCACGCUCAAACGUCGCCCAAGCCCCCGAGUCCGAACUGCUCCCGAGCUCAAACUUCGCCCAAGCGCAAACGUCACCCGAGUCCGAAUAGCUCCCUAGCGCAAACGUCGCCCAAGCCCCCGAGUCCGAACAUCGCCCAAGUGCAAACGUCGCCCAAGCCCCCGAGUGCGAAUGUCGCCCAAGCGCCCAGCUCAAGAAUACGAACAGCGGUCACAUUAGUAUGA